AAGCUUCUCAAAGGAUUCGAUCUUGGCGCGCAGCUCGGCAGUGUUUUCUAAAAUUUAACUGAGUUUUUAACCAAAAAUUUAAUACAAAAUGUUUUACAAUAAAAUACGUAACAUUUUACAGGAAACGGCCGAGAGAAUCGAAAAACUGCAUGUUCCGUACGAAAAUGAGUUCAAAAUUCAAAUACAACACCUAAAUCUGAAGGAAAAGUCCCUGCUCCAAGAAUACCUCUACGCCCACGAGUGGAUCCUCGGAAGCGCCCGUGUUUUAUCAAUGUUCAAGAAGGCAAGAAUCGUUUCCAUCUCAGAAUAUGUGCUGCGAUUACACUCCAAGGAUGCCAUUCAACAGGUGAUGAACGACCUGCUGGAAGCUGAACCAAUUCUUCUCGCAGAACUGAUCAGCAACUCGAGUCGGGACUCCGAAGUGUUCACAUCGCUCAAAGACAUUCUGCACGAAAGCUUCAGCACGGUUUUGGACGAUUUGCUGGAGAAUCCCAGCGUUAUUCCGUUUAACUACCUGGAACAACUUGAACCACAUUUAACGGACCAGGAAAUUGAGCACGUAAGACUACAGCAUCUGCAGCUUCUGCUGCGAAAAGAUUUCACGUGUACACUUCAGGAAGCCAUUGGACGACAGGAACAGUGGAGAUCGGAGGCAAUUAGGAACAAAGGGACCAUUUUGGGGCAGAUGAUGCGGACUGUGGUUCAGGAUACGGUUUGUAGUUUUGAUACUUUACUAGGUGCUGGAGAAAAGCUUGACGCGAACGUUUCAUGGAAACACUAUUUGACUUUGCUGGGAAUUGUAGCCAAGGCAGCGACUAGCGAGUAUGUGAAUGUUCUGCGGGUGAAAGGAGCGGUUAAGAACAUGUUUAACAAAAUUUUAGCGGAUGGGAGGUUUGAAACAUUGCUACUCUUGAUGUUGACAUCACGAGAAAUUUGCGCAACUGACGAAAGCAUUCUUGGGAGCUACACCAGCUGGUACAAGUACAUAAUUGGUGAGAUGACCUACCGAGUUGAUAAAGCUCAGUUUAUUGCGGUUAUGGGAUUGAUGAACAAACUAGUACCGUUGGAAGAAAGCGUGGAAAUCCUGAAAGUUCAUGCAAGCGUCUCUAUUUCGUUCCCAUCGCUUUGCAUGGAGCAUGUGGUAACUUUCAAAAACCUUUGUAAAAGUAGGAUAACGAAAAUCGAGGAAGCUAAAUGUCGACAAGAUGGUGUUCAACCCCUUGAUCCAGAUAUUUCGAUUGUCAUCGACUCGGAUGAUGAUUAAAAUAGAUUUAUACAGUUUCAAGAAAUUUUAUUUCGUAUCACCCUCCUUUUGUAUAAUAAAU